GUAGUAAAAGUAUUGUUAUUGCUGUCAGCUGACUACUUUUCAUGUGACUGCUCUUUGCUUUAGCAGCCAGACUAGAAGAUAAUAUGACGCAUUGUCAGAUAUAAGUUAACAUUAAUGCAUACAACUGGGUUUCGUUAAUGUUAAACUAACCUCCGGUUCGAUUCGUGUUUUCUUUUUUAUGGAAACAGUUAAAAGCUUGUAAGCCAGGCAUGCUAGCUGUUGUAGCUACCUCAAAGGGGAACUAAAAUGAGCUUUUGCUACUGAAGUGGCUGUGAAUAAAUGAAAAUGGACAAAAUUAUCAAAGAUGUUGGUGACAUUCAGUCCCGGCUGCUUGACCACAGGCCCAUUAUCAAUGCAGAGAUCCGUUACUUUGUGAGAGAAUUUGAGGAGAAAAGAGCUCACCGGGACAGCCGACUACUGGAAAACUUAAGUAAAGUGGUGCAAGAAGCAAAUGACCAAGUGCUCCCUUCAGAUUUAGACGGUGUGAAGCAGCAGCUCUCCGAUGUCAUUGCUCGAUUGAAGGCGGCUAAUCACAUGGCGGAAAGAGUCCAGCAGAGAGAGCUAGAAACACAGCAGAGUGACAAGCUGCAGGAAAACAUGGAGCGUAUAAAAGUUGACUGGGCAGACUUCCUGAAGGAGCAGCAGCGAUUGAAGGAAGAAGUGGCCGAAGAGCACGCCAAGGACGUUGGACUCUUAAGUACUAGGUACAAUGAGAAGAAGAAGGACCUUGACAAAUUGUUGUCAGAUGUUUAGACGUGUUUUGGUCCUGCGUGAGUCUUUUCCAAAUCAUGAAUAAUAUGUGUGAUUGAUAUACUUCCACAUACCAGUACAAAUCACCGCAGAGAAUAAGCACAACAAGGAAACAUUCUGCAAUAUGUCACUUUUGAAUGUGAAAAAAUAUGAUUCAUUGCCAGGUUGUAAUAAAUGUGAUACGUCAUAAAGUGAUGCAUCAUUUUCUUAAAGGAACCCAUGUUUGUUGAAAUUACCCUUACACAAAGUGAGGGGGAAACGUGCCUAGUAGGUUUGUUAAAAAGCACAGGUCAAGUGUUAUAGUGCAAACCAAAAUUUUGUUCCCAGAAUAAAUCACCUGCUCGCUUGUGUUUGAAACAUUUGGCCCCUGACUUGUCU